AUGCUGGGUGUGGGGUUUGAUUUGCCGCUGCAGCCAGGCAAGCGCAGGCACGUAGUAAGCAGGAACCAGAGAAUGAGCAGCAGUAAGAGCAGCAGUAAGCAGCGAGGUUCCAGCGAGGCGGAUUUUGCCCCUCAACCGAGAACAGCUGAAAGGUGGAAAUCAGAUAGACUGGGAACGGGAAAGGAUCCCUGGAGCGGUACCGCCGGGAACCGUAGCUAUGAUACGAAAAUAAGGGUGGAAAACAAACCCGGAAGGAGAGGAAGCGAAGAGAGGGAGAGAAAGAAACAAGAGAGGGAGGAGGAGGAGGAGGAGGGGAGGGGAUGGAUGGAGGGGGAGGUGGUCAAUGGGGAAGAAAGGAGGGAAAAUGUGAGAAACCAAAGGAUAGACACAAGCAGAGGGACAAGAGAUGGAAACACCGGAAUGGGGAAGGGUAAAGAAAGAGAGUCCAGGCCAGUCAAAUGGUCCAGUUUGCCCGACUGA